GAACUCACAUCAGCCCUCAUAGCUUGUGGACUAUCAGUGAUUCAACUGCAAACUGUAUGUUAAUGAUCAGUAGGAAUCCAUCAGUCUGUUUUCUUGAUUCAAAAUGAAGAUGCUCUUCAGUUACGAUUCAUUGUGUUGGCUCCUUUUAGUCCCGAUGCAAGUGACUUGUAAUUCAGCCCAGAAGGUCAGUGGAAUGCUUGGACAGAACGUGACUGUGCCGUGCAGAUACUCUGUUAAAGGUGGUGUCAUGGAAAUGUGCUGGGGUCGAGGAGAAUGCACUGUUUUUAUGUGCACACAAAAAAUUAUUUCAAGUGAUGGAAACAGAGUGAACCAUAAAAAAUCAGACAAGUACGGUUUAUUUGGUAAUUUACAGGAAGGCGAUGUCUCUCUGACUAUACUACACGCCAGUGAAGAAGACAGCGAGACAUACUGCUGCCGUGUGGAAAUGAAAGGAUGGUUUAACGACCAGAAACAUAAUACACAGCUGAUCAUUGAGAAAGCUCCUGCUACAACCACAUCUAAACCAGUCACUGCUCGGGGGGCUGACACUGUGAACACCUCGAAAGGUCAAAUAACCACAAGCUUUUGGAAUGAUACUGAUUCUACAUCAAAUCACAUUACAUCUUCAGAGCAGGACCCUAAUUCCACACAGACGACCAUGGUUCAAAGUAAAGCUCCUCUUGGGAUUGGGGUAUCAGUUAUGCUUCUCCUGCUUUUAUUGGCUGUUUUGUGUUUCCUCUUCAUUUUUAAAAAUAAAUGUCUGCAAAAAUAUCAAAAACCAGAAUCCAAAACCAUCCAGGAACUGCAAAUCAGAACAAACGUGGAUGAGAACAUUUACACCACCGAAGAACAAACCGAUUAUGAAGUGUGCCCCUAAUGGUAACCAAAGAAGAAGCAGGAGACCAUGAAGUCUUCACUUUCCAUGGGUUUAUUUAUGUUCCAUUAAUGUUAACAAUUCAAGACGAAUAACACUUUUUCUAUUUUUAUUAUGUACUACUAUAAACCUCUAAUGGAAACCAGAUGUAUUUUCAGUAUUUAUUUCUUUCUAAAUGACUAAUUUUCCUGUUCUCUAGCUUUUGUACUAUAAUACAAUGGAUACGACACUGUUUACCUUUUCAGUGCUCACAUGUAAAUUCAAUACAUGGGGGUGUUUUUCACUAACAUGUUGCUCUUUGUUUAAAAAUCAAAAAUCCAUUUAAAAGGGAUUUUUAAAUUGAUAUAUUGCUGUCUGUUAUUGCUUUCGUUCUAAAAUACAUGUAUUAACUGGGACCAUUUUAAAUAUAGAUUGUAUAUUUUGUAUAUUAUUUCAAUAUUGUUUUAUAUGUAUAUUGUAUUGAACAUGGAUGCUACUUUAUAAAUAUUCUUUCUUCAGGUGUUUCUGUAAAAUCAGUACACAACAUCCAGUGGAGAAGGGGGAUGUGGUUGUAUUUGUAAGUUCUUUCUGGGUAAUGGAGCUUGAAGAUGUAUUUUAUAACCUUUAC